UAGUAAAGAGCCAAGAAAAAAAAAAGUACACAGUAACGGGGAGACAGAGAGAGAACCAACCAAAGUAAAAGAGAACGAACCACUCUCUCACUCUCUUGCUUGGUUCGUUCACCACUCCUUUGAUUCUUCGUUGUUGUUGUUGUUGAUCGGAAUCGAUGAGCGCACAAGGUCAAGGACAAGUUCAAGUGAUUGAUGAAGCGGUGCUGGAUGACAUAAUCCGGCGACUCACGGAGGUCCGAUUAGCCCGACCCGGAAAACAAGUUCAGCUCUCUGAAGCUGAGAUCAAGCAAUUAUGUUUAGCUUCUAGAGAAAUCUUCCUUCAACAACCCAAUUUGCUUGAACUUGAAGCCCCUAUUAAGAUUUGUGGUGACAUUCAUGGGCAGUACAGUGAUUUGUUAAGGCUAUUUGAGUAUGGGGGUUUGCCUCCUAAAGCUAAUUAUCUCUUUUUAGGGGAUUAUGUCGAUCGCGGGAAGCAAAGCUUAGAAACCAUAUGUCUUUUACUUGCUUAUAAAAUCAAGUAUCCUGAAAACUUUUUCCUUUUGAGGGGAAAUCACGAAUGCGCUUCCAUUAAUAGGAUAUAUGGAUUUUACGAUGAAUGUAAGCGAAGGUUUAAUGUGAGGCUUUGGAAAGCCUUUACGGACUCUUUUAACUGCCUUCCUGUGGCAGCACUUAUAGAUGAUAAAAUAUUGUGCAUGCAUGGUGGUCUUUCUCCCGAACUCGCCAAUUUGGACCAAAUCAGGAUUCUGCCUCGUCCAACUGCUAUUCCCGACACUGGUUUGCUCUGUGAUUUGCUUUGGUCUGAUCCUGGUAGAGAUGUGAAGGGUUGGGGUAUGAAUGAUAGAGGAGUUUCCUACACGUUUGGACCUGAUAUGGUGGCUGAAUUUUUGACAAAGCAUGACUUGGACCUUAUUUGCCGUGCUCAUCAGGUUGUAGAGGAUGGUUAUGAAUUUUUUGCCGACAGGAAACUUGUUACGAUAUUUUCAGCUCCAAACUACUGUGGUGAAUUUGACAAUGCUGGUGCAAUGAUGAGUGUGGAUGAGAACUUGAUGUGCUCGUUCCAGAUUCUUAAGCCUGCAGAGAAAAAAGCGAAGUUCGUGAUGUCAAACAAGAUGUGAUGGUUGGCACAUCAUUACUCCUUAGUUAACUAAGAUGUAUUCACAAGGUUAAAUUAAAACCUGAAGAUUAUGAUGACGAUGAUCAAAUUUCACGUGAAAUCCAUCUAAUCAAGCAGUGAGCAUAAUAUAUUGGUUAUAGGAUGUUAAAGCACCGGUGGUUGGUGAUAAAAGUAAAGUUUUAUAAUUUUUAUUUACUUAUUUUGCCGUUUAUCUUGAAAAAAAAUUAUUCUACAACAUGAUAUGUACAUAUAUGUGUUGUAGAUAGAUGACUAUGGGGAUGAUCUACUUUGUUCUUAAAGAGGGUAGUCUGAUUAUUAGACUAUCAAUUUACAAUGAUAGAGAAGUUUGUGUUGUGAUGAUUAUCGCAGAUUUUAUUUAGAUAACAUUCCAUUGGUGGAUUAUAUUGUUUCUUAUUGGUCUCUAUGUUGUAAUGUUAAAUUAUGAUCUCAUGCUAGUCA